AUGUGGCUGCAGGAUCUCCAGGCUCUCAUCCCACCAGAUCAGGAACACCGCAGGUUCCUGCGGUUCUCCUACGCGCACCGGCAUUACCAGUAUUGGGCCCUUCCCUUUGGUCUCUCGUCGGCUCCCAGGGUCUUCACAAAGAUUUUGGCCGUGCUGGCGGCUCAUCUAAGGAUGAGGCCCGUGCGUGUACAGUGCUACCUGGACGACAUACUCAUUCCCGUCAAGGGGGGCGGAGGGGACGGAUGCCCUCCGGAGCGUAUGGCCGAAGGGCGUGUUUUAUGCUUUUCCCCCUCUUCCGUUGCUCCAAGCAACUAUUCGCAAGCUCCUACAAGAACGAGCAGAGCUAAUCUUAAUUGCUCCAUUUUGGCCACGUCGGCCGUGGUUUGCAGACCUGGUGGACCUGUCGCUCUCACCACCGUGGAGAAUCCCCCCAGACCGACUGGCUGCACAUUUGAAGAAGACGGGGAUCUAAAUCAGUGUGAAUAUAGCCAAGGUGCUGAAGAUGACUUUGAGUGGGAGUUGAUCCGAAACUAUCUUCUUCCCCAUCUGACCUCUGAUCUUCCUCAUGGUUCUUAUCUGAUGGUCAAUUCCUCCCAGCACAAUCCAGGGCAGAAAGCACAGAUCCUUUUCCAGACAUUGAGCGAAAAUGACACUCACUGCCUCCAAUUCAGCUACUUCAUGUACAGCCGGGAUGGGCACAGCCCUGGGACUUUGAAUGUCUUUGUCAAAAUGAAUGGAGGGCCACUGGGAAGUGUGGUGUGGAAUGUCUCUGGCUCCCAUGCACGGCAAUGGCAUCAGGUGGAGCUCGCUGUCAGCAUGUUUUGGCCCAAUGAGUACCAGGUAUUGUUUGAAGCAGUCGUUUCCAAUGAAAGGCAUGGCUACUUGGGAUUGGAUGACAUCCUGCUCUUGAAUUAUCCCUGCUCCAAAGCACCUCAUUUUUCCCGCCUGGGUGAUGUGGAGGUAAAUGCUGGACAGAAUGCUACUUUUCAAUGUGUAGCUGCUGGCAAGGCUUUGGAAACAGAGAGGUUCCUCAUGCAGAAGCAGAAUGGGAUUGUCAUUCCCACCGCCUCAGUGAAGCACAUCAGUCACAGAAGAUUUUUGGCUACAUUUCAACUGGAUCAAGUGUCAAAAGGAGACCAGGACUUGUACCGCUGUGUGACUCAGUCUAGCAGGGGCUCUGGUGUCUCCAACUUUGCCGAGCUGAUAGUCAAAGAGCCCCCAACACCCAUUGCACCCCCACAGCUUUUGAGAGCAGGUUCAACAUACUUAAUCAUCCAGCUCAAUACCAACUCAAUCAUUGGAGAUGGUCCUAUUGUAAGAAAAGAGAUUGAGUACCGGAUGACAUCAGGACCUUGGUCGGAAGUACAUGCGGUGAACAUGCAAACCUAUAAGUUGUGGCAUCUCGAUCCCGACACAGAGUAUGAAAUCAGCGUCCUGUUGACCCGGCCAGGAGAUGGUGGGACUGGGAAACCCGGACCUCCACUCAUCAGUAGGACAAAGUGUGCAGAACCCAUGAGGGCCCCCAAAGGCCUUGCCUUUGCAGAGAUCCAAUCCAGGCAGCUGAUCCUUCAAUGGGAGCCUCUGGGUUACAACCUGACACGCUGUCACACAUAUACUGUCACACUCUGCUAUCGCUAUGCUGUAGGCACUGGCCAUAACCAGACCUUUCGUGAAUGUGUGAAGAUGGAGCAUGGUAUCAACUGUUACACCAUCAAGAAUCUUCUGCCUUAUAAAAAUGUCCAUGUUAAGCUUAUCCUGUUUAAUCCUGAAGGCCGGAAAGAAGGCAAAGAGAUGAUAUUUCAGACUGAUGAAGAUGUCCCUGGAGGCAUAGCUUCAGAGUCCCUCACAUUUACCCCCCUGGAGGACAUGAUUUUUCUGAAAUGGGAGGAGCCCGUGGAACCAAAUGGUCUCAUAACACAAUAUGAGAUCAGCUACCAGAGCAUUGAAUCCUUUGACCCAGCAGUCAAUGUGCCUGGCCCACGACGCACCGUCUCCAAGCUCCGAAAUGAAACUUAUCAUGUUUUCUCCAACCUUCAUCCUGGGACAACCUACCUUUUUUCAGUAAGAGCACAAACUGGCAAGGGCUUUGGUCAAACUGCUCUGACCGAGAUCACCACCAACAUCUCAGCACCUAGUUUUGAUUAUGGAGACAUACCUUCACCACUGGGAGAGUCGGAUAGCACCAUCACUGUUCUCCUGCGGCCAGCCCAGGGCAGGGGUGCCCCAAUCAGCACAUAUCAAGUCAUUGUGGAAGAAGACAGACCUAAGAAGAUCAAGCGAGAGUUAAGUGGCCCAGAAUGCUUUCCAGUGCCACUCACUUUUGAUGACGCCAUAUCCCGUGGCUUGGUUCACUACUUUGGAGCUGAACUUUCCCCAAGCAGCCUCACAGAAGCCAGACCCUUCACUGUAGGAGACAAUCAAACCUAUAGUGGUUACUGGAAUCCUCCAUUGGAACCCAAGAAGGCCUAUCUCAUCUACUACCAGGCUAUGAGCAAUCUCAAAGGGGAAACAAGACUGAAUUGUAUCCGAAUAGCUCGGAAAGCUGCCUGUAAAGAAAGUAAGCGUCCCUUGGAAGUUUCCCAGCACUCGGAGGAAAUGGGCCUCAUUCUGGGCAUCUGUGCUGGAGGACUGGUGGUGUUGAUCAUCCUUCUUGGGGCAAUCAUUGUUGUCAUUCGGAAAGGGAGGAACUACUAUUCUUAUUCCUAUUACCCGAAACCUGUCAACAUGACCAAAGCCACAAUCAACUACCGCAAUGAGAAAACACACAUGAUGAGUGCAGUUGAUCAGAGCUUCACAGACCAGAGUACCCUUCAGGAAGAUGAGAGGCUGGGAUUAUCUUUCAUGGAUACUCACAAUUACAACAACAGAGGUGAUCAACGUUCCAACAUUGUCAAUGAGUCCAGCAGCCUAUUAGGGGGGUCCCCUCGAAGGCAGUGUGGACGCAAAGGCUCCCCCUAUCACACUGGGCAGCUUCACCCUGCUGUCCGAGUGGCCGAUCUUCUCCAGCACAUCAACCAAAUGAAAACAGCAGAAGGGUAUGGCUUCAAGCAGGAAUAUGAGAGUUUCUUUGAAGGCUGGGAUGCUUCAAAGAAGAAAGAAAAGACCAAAGGGAGACAGGAUCACAUGCCUACCUAUGACCGACACCGGGUUAAGCUCCAUCCACUUCUUGGUGAUCCCAAUUCUGACUAUAUUAAUGCUAACUACAUUGAUAUUCGGAUAAACCGAGAAGGUUACCAAAGAUCUAAUCAUUUCAUAGCCACACAAGGCCCCAAACAGGAGAUGAUCUAUGAUUUCUGGCGGAUGGUAUGGCAGGAACACUGUUCCAGCAUAGUAAUGAUAACAAAGCUGGUAGAAGUGGGAAGGGUUAAGUGUGCCAAAUAUUGGCCAGAUGACUCAGAGAUGUAUGGAGACAUUAAAAUUACCCAGGUGAAAUCAGAGACUCUGGCAGAAUAUGUAGUGAGGACAUUCACCUUGGAAAGGAGAGGCUAUUCAGCAAGGCAUGAAGUUCAGCAGUUCCAUUUCACAUCAUGGCCAGAACACGGGGUACCCUACCACGCCACAGGGCUGCUGGCAUUCAUUCGCAGAGUCAAAGCUUCUACACCUCCUGAUGCAGGACCCAUAGUUAUUCACUGCAGUGCUGGUACUGGACGGACAGGUUGCUACAUAGUCCUGGAUGUGAUGCUGGAUAUGGCUGAGUGUGAAGGAGUUGUAGACAUUUACAAUUGUGUAAAGACUCUCUGCUCACGGAGAAUCAACAUGAUUCAGACUGAAGAGCAAUAUGUCUUCAUCCAUGAUGCCAUAUUGGAAGCUUGUCUUUGUGGAGAGACCAGCAUUCCCAUCAGUGAGUUCAGACCUACAUACAAAGAGAUGGUUAGAAUAGAUCCACAGAGCAACUCAUCUCAGUUGCGGGAGGAAUUUCAGACUCUGAAUUCUGUAACACCCCACCUGGAUGUGGAGGAGUGCAGCAUUGCCCUUCUACCACGCAAUCGGGAAAAAAAUCGGAGUAUGGAUGUGCUGCCUCUGGACCGGUGCCUCCCUUUUUUGAUCUCCAUGGAUGGAGACAGCAACAAUUACAUCAAUGCGGCCUUAACUGAUAGCUACACCAACAGUGCUGCUUUCAUCGUAACCUUGCAUCCCCUACAAAACACCACAACAGAUUUCUGGCGGUUGGUAUAUGACUAUGGCUGCACCUCCAUCAUUAUGCUCAACCAGCUCAACCAGUCCAAUUCUGCCUGGCCUUGUUUACAAUAUUGGCCAGAACCAGGCCUUCAGCAAUAUGGACCAAUGCAGGUGGAAUACAUAUCUCGGUCAAGUGAUGAAGAAGUUGUAGCCCGUCUUUUCCGGGUGCAGAACAUAAGACGAUUACAGGAAGGACACUUGAUGGUCCAGCACUUUCAGUACCUGCGGUGGUCAGCCUACAGAGAUAUUCCAGACUCGAAAAAGUCUUUCCUGAAUUUAUUAGCCCAAGUAGAGAAGUGGCAAGGAGAGAGUGGCAAUGGCAGGACCAUUGUCCAUUGUUUGAAUGGAGGUGGACGGAGUGGUACCUUCUGCGCCUGCACCAUGAUCCUGGAGAUGAUCAGGUGCCACAAGCUGGUGGAUGUUUUCUUUGCCGCAAAGACUCUUCGCAACUAUAAGCCAAAUAUGGUUGAGACCUUUGAACAGUACCACUUCUGCUAUGACAUAGCCCUGGAAUAUCUGGAUUCACUGGAGACCAGAUAGCAUCCAAAGGCAAGUG